UCCAAGCGAUGGCAAGCAGCAGGCCGUGGCGGCUGCGGCAGUGUGGGUGGUCGUGUGGUGGCAACACGAGGACUAUAAAAGGAAACGCGCCGCUGAUAAGGACCAACAUUCUGUCGUCGGUUGCGGCAGCUUUGACAUCUCGUGUCGCCUGCGAACGGAAGUCGCGCAUUGCAAUUCGCUGAACAGUUUAUAUCCUUUGUAUCCUGUCGAGGAGUUGUGUGUAACGGUUUCUGUGCCAUUCAAAACGCUUUUACUUUUAAUCUCGAUCCCAGUGCGAACUACGUGACUUCGUCUUGUCAAUUUCUCUCGCUCUAAUAAAAUUAUUGGUUGCGUGUUGCCGCUCGCUACAAAUCCUUUUAAUCAGCUUAGCCCGCUUCGCACGAGCUUAAUCUGAGAAGACCGCACUGGACAUAGCUACCUUUUUGGCCGUCGCUCAAUUGAAAGUCUGAACUAGGCCACGCUACAGCGGCAAUUGACAAUUUCACGGUCCGAUUUAGUGCAACGGAAGACGCAAACUCCGGCGGAAUGAAGCUCGUGGUUUAUUGCUAUUUAUCCAUGAUUGUGCUGGGCGUCCAGGCCUGGCCCACAGUGAAGCGCUCCUUUGAGCUAUACCCGGGUGCUGCAAUGCCCUACAACGUGCACCGAAUUGCAGACUGCAUGCAUGUGGCCUCUGAGCCAGGUGAUUACAUUUUCAAGAAGUCAGCUGCAUCGUCGCCGUCGGCUCCAUUGACCGCGCUCAAUUACAAGAGGGAUGCGACGUUGCUGGAGCUGGAGGCAGUUACCAGUGAGCAGUUGGAGGCAGCUGCUGCUGCUGCUGCCGCAGAGUCCGUCUGUGGUCUCUAUGUGAUUGGCGAGCCCGACACAAUAGUCGAGAUAACCAUGAAACACUAUGACGUCAAUUGCGAGUCGGGUGGUCUGAUGGCGUUUGUGGAUGGCUGGGAGCUAAAUGGAGAGUACUUCCCGGCAAUCAAGGAUCAUCAUCGUGUGAUCGAGGAUCGCGUCUCUGAGUUCUGCAACAACAACAAGCAAUGGCCACGUUUUAGCAACAAGAAAUUCUUCCGGUCCAGUCAGAAUGCUGCACUUUUGCAGUACCGCAUACCCACACGUGGUUCCUUUGUGGCCAACGUUCGCUUCCACAAGAUUUCACAACCUUGCAACAUACUUGUCCAGGACACCGCCGCCAUCUAUCAGAUGUCAAACUUUGGCCACGCUCGCAACUGCACACUCUCAGCACUUUUUCCGGCUGCCGUUUCUUUGGGAUCUCUGCGCAUUGGUGGCAAGACUGUUCGUGCUCAGGAGAAGAUCAACUACGACUGUCACCAAUACGAGGAUCGUUUAGAUAUUGGUGGCUCGGCAGGUCUCGACACCACCUCCAUGGAGAUAGCUAGUGCCGUAUGUGGUGCCACCACCGAGCUGGGACCCGAGCAGGCUGUCUUCUGUGGUGUUACCAGCGUGCGCCUAGUGUCCACGGGCCGCUUCCAGAAUCAGGCAGCUAUCAUCAUACGCAAAGCCGAUGAGCACGAUCUGGACAUAGCCACGCUCCUGUGCGCGCUAUAAGCGGCUAAUUAAACACACAAAGAAAGGGAUGCGGCCGGCACAAUGAUUACAAUUUGAUGUUUGUAAAUAUGUAUGUGGGUGGAUAAGUAAGAACGAUGGCACCAGAAAAACGCAACCCCAACCCAUUUUGCUUGGUUAUUAUUGUAGCGCUUUACCCAAUCCAAGCACAAAGUAUUCACAUGCCAAACUAAAUAGCGAAAACCCCAAAAAGUAAAUUCAAUGUAAUU